AUGUCGAAAAAUGCCGAUGUGAAUGCCGAGGACAGCAGAGGGCGCACUCCACUUCACAUCGCCACUUUACAAGGCAACACUGAAGCUGUGGUUCAACUUCUUUCUAAGAGUGAUACUGAACUAAACAAAGCGGAUAAACGCAAUACGACCCCGCUGUUGCUGGCAUGCCUUUACGGGAAGAUCGACAUCGCCAUCCUUCUCAUCAACAAGGGAGCCGACCUGACGGUGUACGAUGAUAACUACGACACCACGCUCCACAUCGCCUUCAACGAGGGCUACAAAAAGAUCGCGAGGAAGAUCAUCGAAAAAGCAAAGGAGACCGGUAAAUUAAAAGAAAUUCUAAUCGAGAAAAACAGAGACGGCGUUGCACCAAUCCAUCUAGCCGUGAGAGGAGGGCACAAAGAAUUAGUCCAACUUUCCCUUGAACACGUGUUAAAGGACGACGACAGCGACGAUGAUGACGAAUGUGUGGUUAACUACGGGGGAGGAGAGAAUGACGACACACCCCUGCACGAAGCUUGCUCUGCUGGCCAUCUGGAAAUGGUGAAGAUGCUGUUGGAAAAGGGCGCCAAAAUCAACGUCACAAAUAGGGAUAGCGAAACCGCUCUCCAUCAUGCCUGCAAACAGAACCAUCAAAUAGUGGCGGAGUUUUUGAGCGAAAACGGUGCUGACAUUCGUGCCAAGAACGAUGAAGAGCUCACGCCGCUCCAGGUCGCGACCAACUCCGGAAGCUUCGAAACCAUCAUCGGUCUCCUCGACCGUCAUCGUAACUUGAAUACGAGCUUGACUACGAGUGAUAAUCAGGACACAGCCUCGGAGCUCCUCAAGUGGGCGGCUACGGAGAACAAAGCAAAUACACUACAGCUUCUUCUGCAUCACGGUACUAAGCUCCAUGGCCUCAGUGAUGACGAAAUCGCCGAAUUCGUUCUCGAUGCCGCCAAGAAAGGACACACAGAAACGGUAGCGGCAUUGAUUCGAUGGAAGCGAAGCGACGUCGUCAAUACAUGCGACGACAUGGGUAACGCACCGCUCCACUAUGCCUCUGAGGCUGGACAUGACCUGACCGUUCAGGAGCUCAUCAAGGCGUUGGCUGACGUAAAUGAUACCAACUUUUAUGAAGCACACGAGCAAACUCCAUUGCACCUUGCAGCAGCCAAUGGCUGGAUAAGGACAGUCAAGCAGCUACUCAAAGCUAAUGCACGGGUUGAUAAAACAGACUUGUAUGAGGUUACACCUUUGCAUCUAGCCUGCAAGAAUGGUCACAUCGAUAUGGUGAAACUUCUUGUCUGCGAGGCGAAAGCCGACAUCGUACUCCGUGACAAGCAGGGACUCAACUGCCUCGACUAUGCUAUCGACAACGGGCACGAGUAA